AGAUCGAAUGAGGUGGACGGGAGUUGUUGCCGCAGUGGCACUGUUGGCACUGGCCAGCAUGACGACUGGUAGCCUUGUGCACAAGACUGCCGUGCGCACGAUUGAUGUUUCCACCUCUGUUGUGCGUAUGACACAAGAGGUAGAGAUUACGAACACUGGUUCUUCCUCUGUCUCCACCUACGCAAUGGCUAUCCCUGCCGGUCACGCUCCCUUCCUCGCCUUUGUGGAUGCCUUUACCCCAAACGAUGACGUCCUGCCCGUCACUACCUCGACUUCCACUCCUUCCGACGCUCCUACUGGAACCAAGAUGUUUGAGGUCGCGCUCGAGGCUCCGCUGGGCAAGGGCAAGUCUGUCAAGCUCACUGUUGUGGCUGUCUUUGUGGGUGCACUCAAGCCGUUCCCCAAGGAGAUCGCCCAGGCCGAGCGGCAGUUUAUGCUCUACUUUGGCAACCACUACGUGUACUCGCCGUAUGUGACCAAGAAGCAGCGGACGGUGGUCAAGCUCGCCUCGUCGAACGUUGUCUCGCACACGACACAGGAGCCGACCUCGCUCUCGGGCGCGUCGCUGACGUACGGGCCGUACGCGGACGUGGCGCCGUUUACCGUCUCGGAGAUGAAGGUCCACUACGAGAACAACGCACCGUUUGUCACCGCCACCUCGAUGGUUAAGGAGUUUGAGGUCUCUCACUGGGGCGGCAACCUCGCCGUGGAGGAGUCGUACAAGCUGGAGCACACCGGCGCCAAGCUCAAGGGCUCGUUCUCCCGCUACGACUACCAGCGCAACCCGGCUGCCGCUGGCAUCGCCUCGGUCCGCUCGGUCACCGCCAUCCUCCCCGCCGACGCCGCCGACGUCUACUACCGCGACGUCAUCGGCAACAUCUCGACGUCUGCGCUCCGCUCACUCCGCGAGCAGGUUGAGGUCGAGAUGCGCCCGCGCUUCCCGCUCUUUGGCGGGUGGAAGACCGAGUUCUACAUGGGCUACAACCUCCCGCUCGCCGCCUACCUCCGCGUCGCCGCCGACUCGGGCCGCUACAUCCUCACCGUCGACAUGGCUGGCGCCUUUGAGAACGUGCCUGUCACCGACGCCAUCAUCCGCCUGGUCCUCCCCGAGGGAGCCUCUGACGUCGCCGUCCACACCCCGUUUGCGGUCGAGCCCGAGCUCUCCAUCUCGUCGCGCAAGACGUACCUCGACACCUCGGGCCGCGUUGUUGCCGAGUUCUCGGCCGCCAACCUCGUCACCGACCAGGACCUUGUCUUCCAGGUCUCGUACGCCCUCUCGGCCACGGCCAUCCUGAUGGAGCCCAUCCUCCUCAUGUCCGCCUUGUUUGCACUCUUCCUCGCCGCCAUGGUCUACGUCCGCCUUGACCUCUCGCUCUCGCCGUCGUUGGGCGGCAUCGCGUCCGAGACCUCCACCUUUGUCGCAGACAUUGCCCGUGCCACCUCGGCCCUCGCCAAGCUCGACAACGCGCUCGCCGCAUGGGCCCACUCGUCCGACUCGAAGACCUUUGCUGCCGCCAAGAAGAACCUCGACCGCGAGUUUCGAACGCCCUCCGCCGGGCCUCGGACAUUGCCUCCCACGCCACCGCUCGAGGCCCGCCGCAAGCUCUUCACCAAGCUCGACACGGCCCAGGCCGAGUUCUUCUCCUCGACCAUCUCGGCCGAUGCUCUCGCCUCGCGCUCCACCGAGCUCUCCACAGAGUACUUUGGCCUCGCCACCCAGAUCGAGCAGGCUCUCGACGCUCUUCAUUGA